UAACAUCUGACACAACGAGGAUUUUUAACAACACAGGAGAUUAUGUUGUUUACGGUGUCAUGAACAUUAUAAUAUAUAUAACGACAGCCUGCGUUAAUAUUCUGUUAUAACUUACCGCGUUUAUCACUGACGUUAAUAUUAAUUGCACAACAGAAGCAGGUGACUGAAAGUUGGAAAGAGCGGUCGCAUUAUUUUUGUUUACUAUAUUUGCAAAAGUAAGUCGCAGUUCCUUAAUCAUUGUGGAAACACUGGGAACCAUCAGACUGCUGCUGCUCUCCUCCACUUUCCAGCUGACUGACAUGGCGAGUAAACUCGUCUCGAAGUUAUUUCGUCCCCAUGUGUUCACACAGCUUGCGUCUCCCCGGUCGGGUUGCAUGUUUCGGGGGAAAGCUGCGGCGGCCGUGGCGGUGGUGGGGACCAGGCAUUCCUCCAGCGAUCCGCCACCAGAGAAAAUCAGUCGCUAUCCGAUCCCUUACAGGAAAGACCUUCCCUAUGAUAUAGUGGAGCUUAUGGAGGAAGUUGAGUCAAAGGGAGGCUUUUUGCCCAAUGUCUUCAAAGUCCUCUCUCAUAGACCAGCAGAGUUCAGAGCCUUCUUCGCUUACUACAAUGAACUCAUGAACAAAGAGACAGGCCGAUUAACCAAGGCAGAUCGCGAACUGAUUGUAGUGGCGACCAGUAUCCACAACAAGUGUCUUUACUGUGUGGUAUCCCACAGUGCACUACACCGUAUCUACUCCAAGAAACCCACGCUCUCUGAUCAGGUCAUUGUUAACUAUGAGAAUGCAGAGCUGUCACCUCGUGAGCGUGCCAUUCUAGACUUUGCGAUGGCCGUGUGUCGCUGUGACACCAUCACAGAGCAGCAUUUCAAGUCUUUGGAGGAAGUGGGAUUUGACCAUGAGGAUGCCUGGGACAUCGCUGCCAUUGCUGCUUUCUUUGCCAUGUCCAACCGACUCGCCCACCUCACCGAUAUGAGGCCAAACUUAGAAUUUUAUAAUAUGGGCCGUGUACCACGGGACAAGAGCAAGGACAAGUGAAAAAGGGGGAGAAAAAGUUUAGGUCAAAUGUUAAGUGUGUCAGUUAUGUUUUUCAUUUUGUCCUGUGAACAAUCAGAAGUUUUCUUUUGAAAUGAGGUGCAAUAUCCGAUCUACAGGUAUGCAACCUGACAGCACUUAAAUUUGAAUAUUAACACUGCACUUAUUAAGUGUCCUUAGGUCAUUUGGUCUGUCUACAGGAGAUGAGAGGCAUUUAAAAUGAGAUUUGAAAUUGAAACCCUUCGAUUACUAUCUGUGAAAAUUUGGAUUUUGUAAAGUUUUAUUUGUGAUCCCUGAGUGUGCAAAUGUAUAGCAUAUGUGUUCAUUUAGAGGACUAUAAAACGUUAAUGAGUUUGAAUUUGUGAGAUGUGUUUGUUCCUGUCACACAUCUAUUAGUGACUUAAUCUAAAUCAUUUACCAUUGUGUCUGCACUGCAAUCAUUAUGUCUGCUUAUUUACCUUCAUAUUUUGAUAUUAAGAUGGUUAUGUUUGUUCGCUGGAUGCGUGGUUUGUUAUUUCCCUGUUCACCAGUUAAAGGUGCUUUGUGUUAUGAUGUGUUGCUUAAUGCAUUUCUACUCUCUCUGCCACCAAGAGGGCAAAUAAGUUACUGGCAUUGCUUCACAGCAAUGUAAGCUUGAGUGCUAAGGGUAUAAAGCAAAAACUACUUCUCUAAUCCUUGCCUUUGUCUUCUAAAUAAAGAAAUACAUCUUGAUAAUA